AAGGAUUGCUGGUAUCGGAGUCCGAGUUGAAAUUCCGAGCCAGUACGGCGGCAACGCUGUGAUACUAGUAACGCGUUUGCGAGUCCCGAAUACUUUUGUGCCGAUGUUACGCGAUUUUCGCGCGCAAUUCAGACUGGGGAUUUGACAUGCAUGUGUUCAAGUGUGUUACAGUUCCUUCCGAGCACUGAUACCUGGAGGAAAGUGUAAAUAUUAGUGAUUUAAGUUAAUGUGUAGUAUAUUGUACUUAAUAGUGUAUAGUGAUUACGGCCAGCCAAGGCGUAGUAUUGAAAGAUUUUUCAGCUGAAAAGAUUUACCACGCUAGGGGCACCCCUGCAUCAGGUGAAGACGACGAGACCAUGACCAGUGGAAGGUGAGGGCGCCGUAACUGACCAGUAAUCAUGGCAGAAGAGAAGAAGAAAGAUGGAACCGAACUCUUAAGCAAAAAGAAGAAGGUCAAACCGCGAAAAUCCAGGGACGCAGACUGCUGUAGUGUAAAUUUUCUAAAAUGUGUUCUGCACAUAUUCAAUGUGGUAUUUUUGUUUGCAGGCAUAGGCGUGCUAUGUGUCGGCGCGUGGACGGUGUCGUCGCGGCACCGCUACGUGCCGCUGCUGCCGUCGCCGACGUACCCCGCCAUAGCGUAUCUGCUGAUCGCCGCCGGGGCCGCCGGCCUGCCGCUGGCCGCGCUUGGCUGCUGCGGCCUCAAGACUGAGAACAGAACCAGUUUACUCUGUUACACAUACUUCCUGCUGAUAACGUUCUUCCUGGAGGCGGGCGCGGGCGCGCUGGCCUACUACUACGAGGUGGAGGUGGAGCCCGAGCUCAAGGCGGGGCUCAACAGCACCUUCGUCAGCAACUACGCGCUUGACACGGUCGUCACGGACGCGGUGGACCGCAUGCAGACUGAAUUUAAAUGCUGCGGGGCAGUGGACUACAAAGACUGGCGACGGAGCAUAUGGCACGAAUACGACUCGGAGCUCCUAGUACCGGACUCGUGUUGUAAGACGGUCUCGCCGCGCUGCGGGGCCCGCGACCAUCCUUCCAACAUAUACUAUACGGGCUGCGUCCGACACUUCAUAAUCCACAUCCGCGAGCACCUGAUCAUCCUGGCGGCGGUGGGCGUGGGCAUGUCCGUCAUCCCCAUGUUCGGGUUCGUGUUCGCCUGCGUGCUGUACGUCAAGAUCAAGCACGUGGUCGACUGACCGAGGCCUAAGCCCUCGUCCGCCAACACCCGCAAGGUGUUCGACAAGUCGGCCUCCGUCGGCGACCUGUCUCGCGCCGGACGAGGCUGCGCGGCGCGGGCGCGGGCGCCGCCCCGGCCGCCGCGCGCGCGCCCUCGCAGCCCGC